UAAAUACAUUUUUUGCACAGAAGGAGGACUGUGGAGGAAUCUGUGUGCUGGCUGCAUCUUGUUCACUGCAGUAACAUCACAUCCAGUACCUCUCUCCCUGAUCUCAGCUCGUUAUAUAUCUCCCUAAGAGAGGAGGUGGGGCAAACUUUAAGUGACCUCGCUGGCCUUAUCAGUCUCACCAGCCCCAGGCAGGAGAGAGCUAUUUUCUCUUUGUGACGUGUUUAUUAUUAGCAAGGUCGGUGUCAAAGAAUGUGCUCGGAAGCGGUGGCGGGGGAUGACGUGGCAAAGCUGAAGGGGUGAGUUUAAUGCCAGUGUUAAUAAGAUAACUGAUCUACGAGAUGGUUGUCAACACACUGACCCCGAGGCGGUGCUGUUUUCUCUUCAUGGAAAAUACCAACAUCCCCACAACAGAUUAAAGUUAUCAAUGAAGCUGAAUCCUUUCAGGCUGCAGGUUUUGCUGAGCCAUCAGUGAUGAAAGUCUACCAAGGCCAAUAAACACUUCUUUUUGCUCUCUGCAAACACAUGUAGGAUACGUUGAUUCUUUUAUUUUAAAGUGUAUAUUUCUGAUACACCAUAAACAAUGUGAUUAAUGGUUACUUUAAAAAAUAUAGUAAUAAAAAUAUUGAGUCAUAUAUUUAUUUUUCUCUUCACAUUUAAAGUAAAAAAAAAAAGAUUUAAACACAGUGAAUCUGGAAAAACCUGAUUAUGAUUUAAUAAAAAUCAGACAAAAGUUGAUUUACAUUGACAAAAUGGCAGAACUUUAUUUAUAUUUACUAAAUAUCUGUCAAAAAUUGAUUUAAAAGUACUAAAAAUCAGGCAAAAAUGUGUUUGGAUUUACUAAAUAUUUGGCAAAAAUAGAUCUACUCAAGUAAUUUAAUAACUUAAAUCAGUAUCAAAGAACUAUAAAUUAAGUCAUGUGUACAGCUCAUAGAUAAUGACAAAAUAGCUUAGCAUAGCAUUUCUCCCAAUGACUUUCAAUUAUGCAAAAUGCCUAAAUAAAAUUAAACUUCAUCAAUAUUUUACAAAGGUAGGCUACAAAAAGAAGAAAGCAAAACAAGACAAACACAAGUGUGUAUAGCGACGUCUCCUGCAAUCAAAGUCGCGGGUUGAACUGUCGCUCUGUUCCCGUACGUGCCUUUUUUUUGCCUUUUUCCUUCAUAAUUCCUGUCUGUUUUUAAUCAGUUCCCAUCUCCAUUUUGGUUUCACUGAGAUUUAUUACUGGUUUAAACCUGUUCUCUAGUUGUAGUGUCGCGGGUGACAAAGGCAACACAAAGUAAGCUAGCGGGGAUCGUUUUUAGCAGAUGAACAUAGAACGUAACUUCACUCACAAAGUUCGUCCUUUUUUUAAUCUGACAUAUACGGUGGAUGUGGUUGCGUAAAGUCACAUGACCUCCUCAAACAUGCUCUCCAAGCAUUGAGGAAUGUAUUGCAGCCUCAAGGAACCAAUCAGCUCUGUUUUCCGGAAUGACACGAAUUCCGUCUGACGUCAUCAAAGCCACUUUGAUGACGUCACAAAGAACUCUGGGUGAAAGAUCUCUUAAGGUUUGCACUGCCAAGCUUACAUUCAGUUGGCUAUUUGGUGUUGAAGUUGAGCACGCAGGAUGAAGCAAGAAACUAGUUUGCCGAAGCAACAGCCAGCAAACAAAAGAAAAAUGGCGACAGGAAAAACCGCGAACCUUGACCUCCGUGUGCAGGCCUACAUGAAGAGCUGGGUGACCGAGGUCAGUCAAAAACUGCAGGCCAACAAGGCGAGGCUCAUGAUGUGUACCCCAUGUGAACGAGCUGGCAUCAAAAGCAAGAUUCACACUCUGAGUGUUGUCCUCGAACACCUCGAGGGUAAGAGAGAAAUACAAAUACAGUGCGAAGGAGAAGCAGCGAUGAAGGAAGAGAUCGCAACUCUGAAAAAGAGGCUGGAGGAAUCUGAAAUCAAGCACAAGGACUUAACUAACAAGGUGCGUGUCUCUAAUAAAAUUAUUGGAGACCUUAAACGCCAACUUGAGAAAGCUCGCAAGAAGCAGAUCCAGUCCAGGGAAGUAGAGAGCAGCGUGAAGAACCUAAACCAAAAGUUAAAGGAGGUGCAGUGUAGUUCUGCCGCCAUGCUGAGUGUGGAAACUGCCAUCAAUCGAGACCUCACGUCCAAGCUGGAGGAUGCCAAGAAGCAGCUGCAACAGCCUCUCCGUCUUGCUCACAGUGCUGCAGAGGUUCCAACGGAUGUGUCAGAGCUGCUGCUGCAUCUGCAGAAAUCCACAGAGGAGCUGGAGAAGCACGCCCGCAGCAUGCAGUCCAGCCAGCAGCAGGACGAAGCGGCUGGAUCGGAUGUAGAAGAGGCGCUCCAGGAGGUGAUUAGAGGUAUGGAUCUCUGCACCAAGCUGCGGGAGGCACAGGUCAAAGUAAUGGAAAAGGUCCAGGAGUUUGUACCUGCUGCAGAGACUGGCAGGAGUGUUCAGAGUACUGACACACCUGUUUCAGAGCUCCAGAAAAAAGCUCCAGAGAAGGAGGAGGAAGAGCCUAAACCAGACCUCCAUGAUGAGGAGGAGAACGUAGUUUGCUUCACGAUCAAUCAGUUAAAGACACAUUUCAAUAACUUGGCCAGUGAGGCUUGGAAGGAGCAAAAGGCUAAACUGAGGAUGCAGAGAGUGGAGAUCGCCAAGCUUACGGCUGCCGUUAGGCAUGCAGAGGAGCAACUGGAGGUCCAACGUCAAGAGUCCGCCAAAGUCCUGCAAAGGAAGGAGCAAGAGUGGGUGCAGACGUUAGAGGAGAUGUCAAAGUUUAAAGAAAAGGCCACCAAGAGGCCCAGGAAGAGAAACUGGUUCCUCCGGAUGUUCACAUCUGCCUCCUAAUCAAUCAGCCCAGAUGUUUGAGGGGAGGGGGGGGCAAGCCGUCUCGUUUUCCUCGUCUUCUCGGAGAGCUUGGGCUUGUGGGGGAAACAUUAAGGUUGGUAGAGGGUUAAAUUUUACCUCAACAUUCAUCAAACAAAGAAGCACUCUAAAACUAGAGCUAGAGAGUACAAGUGAGUGAAAAAAACAAGUGAAUUACGGACAUAAAACUGUCUUUUCUGAUGGUUUAAUAGUUGCUUCCUUCCAAAGCAGAAAGAAAUGACCAUGAAGCACUCAGAUCUACUCGUCCUCCAUCUGAAGAAUGAAGAGGAGCAAUGAAACACAAACAGGAAAGUACACAGGUAGGUUUAAAAAUAAACUGUAAGUAAUAAUAAGUCGAUAAAGUAUGUCUCACAUUAAAACAGCUGCACUGAGGAAAUGUUGGAGACAAAAUAUGAAGCAGAAAAAAAUUGUUAAUGCUGGUUCUAGAGAUCAGUAAAGAACAUACAAAUACAAUCUGCCUAUCAAUCAACUAAAGACAUGACAUCAAUCAUAUUCACAUCGAUCUCAAGCAACACUGAAACUCAAAACCCAGAUCUGAAUUGGAGCUGAUUCUAAGUUAUGGAGAACAGUUAUUGGCGCCAUACAACCUUUGCAGUCUCCCAUCCCCCGCCGGG